AUGCCCUCCGUCGCUCAGCCCGUGGAUGCUUUACAUCAUGGCUUGAGGCCGACUUAUCGGGCUCGUGGUUUGGAGAACCAAAGCGGAGCCAACCAUUGCUUCUUAAAUGUUGUCAUUCAGGCGUUGUGGAAUCUCCAGUCCUUCAGAAAGCGCUUGCUUCAGGCCCCAUGUCACACGCACUCACACGCAGCCUCGAGCUACGGCGCGUUGGCACGUCCAGCUGGGAAUGAUCACUGCUGCUACUGUGCCCUGAAGAGCUUGUUUCACGAGUUUGCUGUCUCUGACAGGGAUGUGCUUCCACCAGAUGCUCUGCGCAAGGCGCUCUCACUCGCGUACAAUGCGCAAGGACGUUUUCAAUCGGGCGACAUGGAGGAUGCGACAGAGACUAUCGAAGUUAUUUUGGGCAUCUUGCACGCUUGCAGCUUGAGCAGCAGCCUUGCCCCGUCAGCUUCGCCUCGUGCCCAGUGUGUCCAUGCCGAGUUCAUCGAAGAAGCCAGUCGCUUCGGCUGCCAUCCGCUCUGCUUGAGCCACGAAGUCUUCGGUGUCGAGUACGUCGACGUCCCUCGAUGCACCUUCUGUGGGGCCACAGGUGAGCCGACAGUCACCAGUGCCUUCACGUACGGCGUGUACGUGACAGAGCUGCUGGAGUGCCGGGAACAUCUCGCAGGGCAGGUGCACUCCGAGGGAGCCGACUCUCUUGGAGCCAUGGGGCUAUGGCAGUCGAUCCACCUUGUGCCCGUCACUAGGCGCACCCUUGCCACAGAGCGGUUUUUGACUCGUCAGCCGCAGACCUUCUUGUUGUCCCUGGCAUGGCCAAGCUCGAGUCCGACACGAGAACAGCUGAUCCAAGUGCUGUCCAUGAUACAAGCCAGAUUGUACAUGACGGAGAUCUUCGAAACCUCUGCUGAGACAUCAGUGCUCUAUGGCCUUCGCGGACUCGUGUGCUACAGCGGCAUGCACUAUGUAGCACUCUUUUGGUGUCCGUCCCAGCGGCACUGGGUCCUCUUCGAUGACACCUGCGUCCAGGAGAAGGAGGAUUGGAGCUCGGCGGCUCGCGUCCUUCUGUCCGGGCUCUUUGUCCCAACCUUGGUUUUCUACGAAAGGGUGCAGGCAGACGCAGCCCUGGAGGAGUCCCUAGAGGAGUUGGCCCAACAAGUCUGCGAACUUGAGGUCGUCCUUGUAGGCUCUUCCUUGGGUGCCAUCGCCAUCGUCGUCGUGACCAGGUCGCAAACGUUGGGGACUCUCGUGCCGUUACCGUCGAUGGAUCGGGAGGAAACUCAGACUUUGCCGGUGCAAGAGGAUUUCUUGAGAUCCACGCGGCUGUCUGUUGACCAUCGGCCGACCGAUGCUGCAGAGGCACGUCGCAUCCGCGAGGAGGGCGGCUUCGUAACCAUGGGCCGUGUCUCAGGUGAGUUGGCGGUGAGCCGUGCUUUGGGAGACCUCCUGCUGAAAAACUCAGGCCUCAGCUGCAAGCCCUCCGUCCGGGCCCACGAUGCCAAGCGCGACCUGGCGCUGGUCUUGGCAAGCGACGGCUUGUGGGACUUUGCUGAGGAGAAGGAGGUGGCCAAAGUUGUCGUGUCCUGCAGUCGGAAUGGAUUAGACCAUGUUGCGCACAGGCUCGUGCAAGAAGCACAGCGAACAGGCUCCAUGGACAACAUCACCUGCCUUGUCAUCUUCAUGUAG